AUGACGGUCAAAGUGUUCAUUACGGGCGUCACCGGCUACAUAGGCGGCGACGCUCUAUAUGCACUGAACCAGAAACACCCAGAUUGGGAAUACUGCGCCCUGAUCCGGACGCAGGCAAAGGCCGACCAAGUCCAACAGCAAUAUCCCAAGCUGCGCGUCGUCCUGGGAGAUCUGGACGACUCGGCCGUGCUGCAGGAGGAGAGUGCCAAAGCUGACAUCGUCCUGCACACGGCAGAUGCGUCGGACCACGAAGGCGCGGCAAAAGCCAUCGCGGCCGGGCUCGCCGAGGGCCAUACGCCGUCCAACCCGGGAUUCUGGCUGCAUACCGGCGGCACGGGUAUCCUGACCUACGAAGACUCCAAGAACAAUCGCCUGGGCGAGUGGUCGACCAAGGAGUACAACGACCUCGACGGCGUGGAUGAGCUGACUCACCUGCCUGACGAUGCGUUCCAUCGGAACGUCGACAUGAUUGUCCUCGAAGCGGGGACCAAAUACGCCGACAGGGUCAAGACGGCGCUGGUCUGCCCACCCACCAUUUACGGCGAUGGCCGAGGCCCCAUCUCCGGCCGCUCUCGCCAGGCGUACGAGCUGAGCAGGCUCAUUCUGCAAAAGGGGUACACGCCGAUCGUGGGCGCGGGCAAAGCGCGGUGGAACCACGUGCACAUCUACGACCUCUCCGCCGCCUUCGUCCUGCUGGCCGAAGCCGCGGUGGCGAGGAACCUGUCCGACGAGAUCUGGGGCGCCCGGGGCUAUCACCUGUGCGAGAGCGGCGAACACCUCUGGGCCGACCUGGCCCGGAAGAUCGCCGCCAUCGCGGCCGAGAAGGGAUACAUCUCCCCCAACCCGCCGGAGAAGCAGCUCAGUAAGGACGAGGCGUUCGAGGUAGCGGGCUUCGAGGCCGUGAGUUGGGGCUGGAACUCGCGCGGCAAGGCGGGGAGGUUACACAAGUUUCUGGGCUGGGAGCCGAAGGAGAAGGGGAUCCUGGACGCAGCUGGCGGUAUCCUGGAGGCGGAGAGGGCGAGGUUGUAG